CUGCAUGAGAGUAAUAGCGGCAAGAGCUACUGCGCUUCAAAGAAGCAAAUUAUUUUUUAUUCAAGAACAUGGUACAUCCAUUAUUUAUUGAAGAUGUUUGGUGCUAUUGGGUUAUUUCUGUCGGAGCACUAUUUUCAUUUGUUGGCCUCAUUGUUGCUUGUAUUUGUAGCUGUCGACGUAACGAUAAUAAGAGCGAGUUUUUAGGCCUAGCAGGUAUGGUAACAAUCACACAUCCUGACAAUGAAGGUCUCAAUAGAAUUUCAUCAUCGGAAGCACUUCAAAUAAUUUCACAAGAUACGGUUGAUGGAAAUGGAAAGAGAAGUACUACAGCAAACAGAAGCUUACCAGAUAUUCCAAAAGAUAAAACUACAGAAUGUGAAAAUGACGUAGAACUGCGAGAUGUAAUUUAUGAAGUGACGGAAAAUAUAGGUGAUGAUCCAUCUGAACUUUACGCUACCGUACAAGAUAAAAAAGAAGAUAGAAAGGAUAAACGAAUUCCAAAAAGUAUAUCGCAACAAAGUUCGCAGGAUGAAACAACAAGCUUAUAUGCCAGACUCAAAACUCCACAAACAAGUAGUGACGAACAUCCAUACGCUCAAGUACAAACUGUUACAAAAACCGAAAGCACUCAGCACUAUAGAAAUAGCAGCAGCCAUGCUGUUGAUUUGGCGAAACCGUCAACGUCAGCGAGCGUCAAUUUACCGGUCGCUCCACCACGCAGUCGUAGGUCCUCAUCCCAUAAUUCCCUCUUGGAACAACCUGUGCUAGAUAUACAAGCUGCAACUGCUAUUACUGGGGGUAUUCAAGCCAAUCAAGAUUUACCAUACAUGACACCACCAAUACUAAUGCCUCUCCCUCAGCCACCUCAGCCUCAAAAUAAUAGCUUGCAACAGCAACACUUUAGUGGGGAUUCGCAGGAUUCAAAAGGUUAUACAAGUAUAAGUGUAAGAGAGCCGUUGGCCAAUAUUAUUGCACAGACAAAAAAUGCUCAACAGCAGAGGCAAGCGACUCGACCUAUCAUUGAUCCACACUAUGCAACCGUUUCUGAUGAUUCUGAUGAAAUGUACGCUGCAAUUGACGAACAAGAUAAAGUCUACACCAGCGGAAGCGAAACAUAUGCUCAAAUACAACCAAUGGCUGCGGAAGUAAGCAGGCCACCCCAAAACGAACAACCAAUUAUACAUUUACAAAAUUCUUUGCGCGUCGAGGAACCUUAUGCAUUAGCACCACAGCCUCCAAGCGUAGAUAGUCUUAGGCAUGUAGCGCACGCACAUUCGAGACAAGCCUCUUCAUCGAGCGCAACCAGUUCUGUGGCGAAUCCUGGUUCGCCAAAGCCAGAAAAACGACAAGCUAAUUCUCCACUGCCACCACCCCCUGACAAUCUUAUGGAUAUGUACGCAAUGAUUGACAAGCGCAGCAAAACCGAUGACCGCACCAGAGGUAGUGUCACAUCGGGAAAAUCGCUGGAGGAUAUGUACGCCAAAGUAAUGAAGAAGAAGCGCGAGAGCGGCGACGAUGAGAUAGCGAGCGGCAGCCCCACGUCUAGCAUGACGGCUUUCGUCACAGAAUCUUUCGGGGGUAUGGGAAGUGCCUCAACGAGUGGCCCACCUGCUGCUCGUCGAAAGCUCAGCUUGAUCGAGGUAAGCCGUGCUUCCUGGUCUAGCCACGACUCCGUCGAGAUCAUGAAACGUGAGCCCGAACACCAGCAGCAGCAGCAGCAGCAGCAGCAGCAGCAGCAGCAGCAGCAGAUAAUGCACAUCAACGGCGAGUCAUUCCUGGACGAGUUCGACUUGGAUCAUGGCUACGAAGCCGUUGUUAAUAGAUCGACGACGACGAUCAUGGAGACGCACAAGCGUCCAGUCACGCCCGAUGGUGACGCCAAUUACGAAACCUUGAGACCCCUGCCGCAGCCGCACGUUGGCGGUCCCGUUGGGUCGACUUUGACGAGGAACGGUAUCGAUCCCCUCAUACCCAUUUACUCGAUGCCUUUCAAGCAUCGACAGGUGAGCAACGCGAGCAGCGAGGAUCCAGGCUACGAGAAGGUAAGACUGCGCAAGAGGCCGAUCGCGAGCAACGACGACCUCGACACGGACUCCGAGCCAAAUUACGAGAGCAUGCCCCACGAGCCGGCGGAACCCAACUACGCCUCGGUCGCCUUCAGACCCAGCACCGACAGCGACACCGACCCGAACUACGAGAGCGUAAGCAACGGGGAUCCCAACUACGAGAGCGUCAAGUACAUGAGUCUCGUACAGCCUAGCGGCGGCAGCGAUGGCGACGACGGCCACGGCGACGGCGACGAUCAAUGUCAUCUCGAGCCACCGUACGAACGAGUCGCCAGCUACAAGAACCACGACGAUCCGAAUUACGAGAGGAUACAGAGAGGCGGCAGGGAGUCGAGAGCGGCCGAGGCGAGUGGUGGCGUCCACGCCGAUACCGACGACGAGCAGUACGUCCAGGUCUAACCUUAAUCGUGCUCGAAGCUCCCUUUGCGAGACUCUUUCAGUUCUCGAUUGCUGCUUUCGUUAAAUUUAUUACGUCCAGGAUGCUUGAAAAAGGCCUUUAGAACAAAAAUCGGA